CUGUCAUGCAAAUGUUUUCGAAACUGAAUAAUUUACUUUGUAAAUUAUACGUGGACGUACAUCGAUUUCGGAAAUUCUUUGCUAUGUGAACGAAGCAUUAAAUUCUGAUGAAAAAGGGUUUUCUUUGGUAGAAGUUCCAGCAAUGAAAUCGUUUGUAUUUUUAUAUUUUUUUGUGGCUCUAUCACCAAUUGUCACUUGUCAAAAUUCACAUCGUUCUUUUGGUCGUUGUCCUAAAUUCACGAUAAAGAAGUCUACUAUUAUAAAAUCGAGCCAAUCUUUACACAAUGGCGCUGUUCUAUUGGGUAGAAAAGUGACGCAUUCGUCCGCUGGUUGUCACAAAGAAUGUUGCAAAAACACCGACUGCAAUUUAGUCAUGUUGAAAUAUGAAUUACAAAAUAAAAUUGUGAAAAUUACCUGUUUCUUGUUCGAUUGCAAGACACCUUCUGUUUGUAGUUUCUACCAACAUUCCACCUAUCACAAUUAUGUUGCGUUAGAUUACGGCGAAAGAAAAUCCUCUUUUAAAGCACAUGAUUACCAUCCAAGAAAUAAAGGUAUGACUGUGGCUACAACAAUACACUCUCAAAGUGUCACUGCUAGAAAUUCUUCUGUUGUUGAACAUACUUGGGCUGAAAGAACGUUCACUGAAACACCAACAUACAAAAAGCCGACCGAUAAAGAUAUCAGCUAUGACAUUCCUAUGAAAAAGCAAACUAGACAAAAAUUUGGAUUUGAUAAACAAAGCUUAAAUGAGAGAUCAACGACCCAUAGUUCAUUUGAUUCUGGUACAACAAAUGACAACAAGAACAAUGAGGAAAGUUAUGAGAGACCUUCAGAUGAAGAUAGUUCCGUGCGCGAACAAACAACUGAAACAAAGGAAGAAGAAAUGGAUGAAGAAGAGGAAUUUCCUCGACGCGUAUUUGUGGAUAACAAUCCCGAUUUUCCUGAAAAACCUGCAAGUCACAUGUCAGAUAUGAAGAAAAGUCAUGACAUCGAAGGUGUGAAAACAACUGGGUCCAUCCACACACAAACCACUGCUGCUGAUUUGAACAAUCAAGAACACACGAAUGAGAAGACUGAAAAAUGGACUUUUACCUCCACUGAAUCUGAUAAUAGACCAACUACUCAAGCUUAUGUUUCUACAAAACCUCAAGUCAAUCAGUUUGUUGUUCGAAAGUUUAUCAGUGUUCAAGACAACAAAGCUGUAAUUCCUUUAGCAGUUGGACUAGUUUUGGCUUUACUUCUGCUCAUGGGUGUAAUAUUUCGCCUGAAAGCAUCUAAAAGACGACGAACAAAAGCAUUUCUUACUGAUGAUGCAGAUUAUUUAAUAAAUGGAAUGUACCUAUAAACCAAAAAUGGUCAUUACAAGUUGCAACUUUGAAGUUUUGGCAGGAACUGAACUGCAUCAACUGUGAAUUUUACUUGCAGACACUAUGUGUUACAUCUUACAUCUUUUCAUAUGUUUUUGAUAAAAGUAAUGUAUAAUAUGCAUAAAAUAAUUGUAACUUACAUUGAACAGCUUGUGUUAGGAUAAAAAGAAAUUAUCUAUUUGAUGUUAAAUCAUGUAGUUUAUACAUAAUUCAAAAAUUACAUAUCAUUAAAAGGAUAAAUGACAGUGA